AUGAGGGGCUCUUUCAGGCGUACGGGCCGCGAAUUUCUGGGUGUCUUUACAGCAGCGUUGAGAGAGGCAGUCUCACCAAGCCAUCCGUCGCCCAUCGGCACCACCGAGAGCAACAAUGGCCCUUUCCAUUACACGCCUCUGGCGUCAACCACCAGCUUUCGCAUUCUCCAUUUGAAGAGGGUAAUGCGAUUUGUCGGCGAGGACAAGGACAUGCCCCUCUGUGGCUCGCUCAUCGAGGCCUCGAUCGAUGCACCUCCGGAAUACUACGCGCUAUCGUACACCUGGGGCGACCCUACGCUAUGCGCGAGCAUCGAGAUCGACGGAAAAGUGCUCGGAAUCACGGCCAAUUGCGCCAGCGCCCUGCGACGCAUGUUGCGUGGUAAAGCUGAGAGGUAUAUCUGGGUUGAUUCCAUCUGCAUCAACCAGGCUGACACCCCUGACGCGCUAGAAGAGAGGGGUGGUCAGGUCGCUAUGAUGGAUCGCAUCUACCGGAGUGCGAUCCAGGUUAACGUCCAUCUAGGUGAAGGUGACCCGGCCGCAGAAGUGGCUGUUAUGGCACUGAAGAGCCUUGGAACUUACUGUACUGGUGCGAUGCUGCCUGGACCACAGCAGUCAUUCUUUCGGAGAAAGUACGAGAGCUUGGCCGACGACGUACUAACAAUAACGCCGGAGUAUCCUUACGGAAAGCUCCACGGCAUGUUCCGUCUACCAUGGUUCAGGCGGACCUGGGUGGUCCAGGAAGUCGUCCUAGGACGCAACGUUUUGUUCUACUGCGGCAAGCACCUGGUUCAUUGGAAGAUAGUGGUCGCUGGGGCGGAUUUUGGGGUCCUCCCCUACUCGAAGAUCGAUUUGGACGUGUCGCACCGCCAUUGGAAGUCGUACCUAGACUACCAUGAUGCCAUGAACGAAUUCAUCCGUAGGAAGGAAGAGGGCGAGCCGGUGUCUAACUUUCGUUUGACACUUUCCAGUGUACUCAUUCCUCCUGCUCUCAUGCUUGAAGCGACCAGACCAGAGGACAAGAUCUACGCCUUUUACGGCAUGUGUAAACGCUUCGGGUUCGAGCUGCCGGCCCCGGAUUAUCAGAAGCCAUUGGAGGUGAUAUACACCGAGGCGGCGCGGGCGAUAAUCCGCUACGAACCCGGCCUCGAGCUACUGUCCUGCGUUUGUGAGUCGUCCGGCUGGGAGCGGGGGCUCCCAUCCUGGGUGCCAGACUUUUCAGGCUGUAUCCGCAGGUGGUCUCCGUCCAAUCCACCUCACAUGGCCGUCUUUGGAAAAGGGAAGCCUGACCUUUCCGGCCAUACUCAGUGGGAGUAUGAGCUCACGCUUGAUGGCCAGGCCCUGAACGUCAAAGGUCGGCGGUUGGACGUGAUCUCCGCAUCCGGCCUGCCUUGGAUGACGGACGCUUCGACGAACCUGUUGGGGGACGCGCGGAUGCAAACAGGACAAUCCAUCACAAGCCUUAUUGACUGCAUCGGCAGCUGGUUCGACGUCGUUCAGGGUCGGAGCGAUCACCAGGAGGCUGAAUCCGCGGCGCGGCAGCUGACCCAACUGCUGACACAGCAUGCGUCGCAGUCAAAACCCCUCCCUGCGGGACAACUCGACUCGUUCGUCCGGUGCGUGUCUGUAUUAGUGGCGAGAUCGAGGUCGUACCCCGGUUCAGGUCAGGUCAUCCUUAUGGACCCGCAGGAGAAUCUACAGAAUGACACGAGAAUCCUGCGGACAGGUGAGCAUGUACUUAGCCUUGGCAUGCAUGCUUUUCUCAGCACGGUCGCUGUGAAUCACUGGAAGGCAGUGUUCCGAACCGUCGGCGGGUACAUCGGAUUAGGGACUCACACAGUCCAGGAGGGCGACGUUGUCGCCGUGUUCAAUGGGAGUUCGCUGGCCGCCGUCCUCCGGCCUUGGGGGGAUUGGUUCCGGUAUGUUGGGCCAGCCUAUGUCGGCGGGAUAAUGGAUGGCGAGUUCUGGAACGCGCGGUCGCCUGAGCACGAUGAGUGGUUCGUCUUGAUCUGA